AUGUGUAUUAUUUAUCUGACUAUAUGUUCUCUUCAUAAUGCUUUACUAAAAGAAUUUCUAGAUGAAGACACUAUGGAUGAAAUAGAUCUUGAUAUGACAAAUGAUAUUAAUAUAUUUGAUGAGAAAUCAGAAGAUAAAGAAUUAGAACAAAUAAAAUCUCCUGCUGAACACAUUAAAAAGAUAAUGUCUAAAUUAUUUAUAAAAUACUAUAAGUUUUCUAAUGAUAGAAUAUUAUUUACUGCAACAGCAAUUGAUCCAAGAUGCAAAAACUUUAAAUUUGAAGGUGCUACAUUGAAGUAUCAAGAUUACCUUAGGUUAGAAUAUGAUCAAAUUAUAAGUGAUAAAAGUUUUGGGUCAUCAUUGAACAAAGUAGCAUUUGAUCUAUCUGGGUCAUUCAUAUCAACAGUUUUUAUGGUAGUUCAACAAAAGGUAACACACAAAAAUGAAGUUGAUCAAUAUCUUAUGAUGAAAACAAUUGGACCUUUAAAAAAUCUCUUACAGUGGUAA